GCAAGCGUGUGGUGUUCAUCAUUCAUGCGCGGAAAAAAAGAAAAAAUAAACAGCGAAACGCGGAAGAUUAUCAGCAUGAACUGGCGACGGAUCUCUGGCAAUACCAGAUUGGUAAGAACACCGUCGAAGAACCCUUUGGACUGCCACACCAUCCUUUCCAACAGCAGCGGCAGUACCAGUUGUAAAACACCAUGUUCCGGCGGAAUUUGCCAGCUAGCACCAUUUGGGGGAUCAAGCUGGGCUCACAAGCAACAAAGACGAGAAAUUGUUUUGUCGAAAGAAUUGAAGAAGAAAAAUUCCCGACGGAUACCGAAAAAAAUGAGAAGUUGCCCAGAAGAAACACUCCAAAAACGGAUUUUAACGAGCACACCAGCUGGCGGGACUGUUGGCGAUUUGUGAAAGUGCGUGCCCAUUUGAAUGGAGUGAAUUCCAUCGGCAUCAUCAGCAUCAG